AUAGGGAAAAUGCAUGAGAUAAACUUUAGAAUAAGAGAAGCGAAGUUUGACAUUUCGAACAAGAAAGAAAAUUAAUCAUUUACAUAAAAGGAAAAUUAUGCAAAAUUUUUGUGAUAACAAAUGAAUUAAUUCAUCCCUACGAUGGGUUUCACCAGGUGCAAAAAUUUGUUCUCAAUGUUCAUCCUAUUAUCAUAUUGUAAUUUAUUAGAUAAUGUUGUUUUUGCCGUAAACACCACCACACCAUCAUCUCAAAUCAUCAAAGAUCCUGAAACUCUCAGCUCCAAUAAUGGAAACUUCACCUUGGGGUUCUUCACCCCUGAAAAUUCUACAAACCGUUAUGUGGCAAUUUGGUGCAAAUCUCCAGACACUGUUGUGUGGGUAGCCAACAGAAACCAACCCCUUAAUGAUUCUUCUGGAGUUAUAACAACAUCUGAGGAUGGCAAGCUUGUGGUGUUGAAUGGACAGAAAAAGGUGAUUUGGUCACCAAAUAUGUCUUAUAUUGCAUCCAAUUCUAGUUUCUAUGUUUCAAGUUAUGGUAGUCUUGUCUUGGUGGCUGCAACAGGAAACACCAUAUGGGAGAGUUUCAACCAUCCUUCAAAUACAUUGUUGCCCCAUAUGAAAAUUUCUAGCAACAAAAUAACAGGUGAGAAAGUAGAACUUACAUCAUGGAAAAGCCCUUCUGAUCCAUCCAUUGGAAGCUUCUCUUGUAGUGUUGAACGCUUACAGAUUCCUGAAGUGUUAGUUUGGAAUGGAUCUCAACCAUAUUGGCGCAGUGGUCCAUGGAAUGGUCAAGUCUUUAUAGGCUUACAACACAUGGGAGUAUCCUAUCUUAAUGGUUUUAGUGUUCAAAAUGAUGUGGAUGGAACAGUGGGUAUAUCUUUUGCAGUAGAUGACUUUGGAAUCGCAAUCUACUCCCUAAAUUCGCAAGGACAAAUCUUAGAAAAAGAUUGGGACGAUGAGAAAAAGGAAUGGCAAGUUACAUGGACAAGUCAAGAAUCAGAUUGUGAUGUUUAUGGCAAAUGUGGGCCCUUUGCAAUCUGUGAUUCACAAGGCUCACCAAUAUGUAGCUGUUUGAAAGGAUUUGAACCAAGGAACAAGCAAGAAUGGAAUAGUCAAAACUGGACUAGUGGAUGUGUUAGGAGGACAGAUUUGCAAUGUGAAAUGGUCAAGAAUCAAAACACAAGUGAAGAUGGUGAUAAAGCAGAUGGGUUUCUGCAAUUACAAAUGGUCAAAGUUCCUGAUUUAGCACAAUUGUCAUCUGUUACACAAGACACAUGUAGAAGCCAGUGCUUGGAGAAUUGCUCUUGCAGUGCAUAUUCAUAUGAUAAUGUUAUUGGCUGCAUGUCUUGGAAUGUGAAUCUAGUUGACAUACAACAAUUCCCAAGUGGGGGAACUGAUCUAUACAUCCGUGUAGCCUCCGCUGAACUUGAUAAAGGGCAUAACAUAAAAGUGAUCAUUAUUAUAGUUACUGUGAUAAUAGGAAUUUUCAUAAUUGUCACAUCUGUAUGCGUCAUUUGGAGAAGGGAUUCAAAUUCAGCGAGGAAAAACAAGAACCCUGGAUUUUUUCGACUUAACAAAGGUCAAACAUCUGAAGAAUACACAAAUGACAAUGUAAUUGGAGAACUGUCACCAGCUAAGUUACAAGAGCUACUAAUAUUUAAUUUUGAAAAGGUUGCAACUGCCACAAACAACUUCCACCUAUCCAACAAACUUGGGCAGGGUGGUUUUGGUCCAGUGUACAAGGGGAAAUUGCAAGAUGGUAGGGAAAUAGCUGUUAAAAGACUUACCAGAUCAUCUAGACAAGGGCUAGAAGAAUUCGUGAAUGAAGUAGUAGUGCUUUCUAAGCUCCAACACCGCAAUCUUGUAAGACUUCUAGGCUGCUGUGUUGAAGGAGAUGAAAAGAUGUUGAUAUAUGAGCUUAUGCCGAAUAGAAGUUUGGAUGCAUAUGUGUUUGAUCCAUCCAAAAACAAACUCCUGGAUUGGAAAAAGCGCUUUAGCAUAAUAGAAGGAAUAGCUCGAGGAUUACUUUAUCUUCAUAGAGAUUCCAGGCUAAAAAUCAUACAUAGAGAUUUGAAGGCAAGUAAUGUCUUGCUAGAUGGAGAACUAAAUCCAAAAAUAUCAGACUUUGGUAUGGCCAGAAUCUUUGGAGGGAGUGAAGAUGAAGCCAAUACUCAAAGGGUUGUUGGAACAUAUGGCUAUAUGUCACCUGAAUAUGCAAUGCAAGGAGUGUUUUCUGACAAAUCAGAUGUAUUUAGCUUUGGAGUUUUGCUAAUAGAGCUUGUUAGUGGAAGACGAAACUCAAGCUUUCAUGACAGCAACAAUGCUCUUACCCUCUUAGGAUUGGUCUGGAUAAAAUGGAGGGAAGACAAUAUUUCAUCUUUAAUAGAUCCAGAAAUAUAUGAUCACAACCUUCAUAAGAAUAUUUUGAGAUGCAUACAUAUAGGACUUUUGUGUGUGCAAGAAUCUGCAGCAGACAGGCCCUCAAUGGCUGCUGUAAUUUCUAUGCUUAACAGUGAGAUUAUGGAUCUUCCUCCUGCAAGGGAACCUGCAUUCAUAUUGAGGCAAAAUAUGCUGAGUUCAGUCUCCUCUGAAGAAAGCAAUAAACUGUACUCCUUGAACAUUGUCAGUAUUACAGACGUCCAAGGCAGAUAGAAAACUUGGAGCUUAGAGUAAAAUAUUUCAAAGCCAGCGGUAAAAUAAUAUUAUUGAGAUCAUUGGCACUUGUAUAAUUAUGACACGACAUUAUGGAAUUAUUUGAUUUAUGUAUAUCCCACAUAGUAGGAGAAGGAUUUGGUUAUUAGAAUUUUAUAUAGAUAUCCUUUCCAUUGUGAGGAAUACAGUAACAAAUUUAAUGAUUCAAAUUUAUAUAAAAUUGGUUUUAGAGAGAACUUUGAAGUCUUCUAUGAUAUUAGGGUUGGUGGGAUAAGAACACCCUGCAGCAUUUCAGGAUACAGUGUUUUACCUCAUGGAAAUAUAAGACUCCAGAAUGUGGCUUG